AUGUAUGAUGGUAGUUCUGAAAUGGCCCUGCCGGCUGAGAGAAGAAGAUCCCUUGUGUCUGAUCUCGGCGAUAGCAUCAACUUGUCCCUAUCACAGACCCUCCCAAAGGACCCUUUGUUCGUGGUGCCUCCCGGCUUUCACCCAAACGCAAGUUUUGUAGGGAUGAAGGCCCAUCUUGACCAAUUGCACACCAGGCUGUACAAAGCCAAAAAGAGAGCAGAGCGGCUCGUGGCUGUACUCAUCUGCGGAGGCCCAGGGACAGGCAAGUCGCAUCUUGCACGCCAGUAUGUUUGGACUCAUAGAGCCUUCUAUCCUGGCGGAGUCUUCUGGGUCGACGCAAAGUCCCGCCAAUCAACUUUCAAAUGCUUCUGGGAUAUCGCACAGGCUGCCGCACUGAACGAGGGAGAAGUAUUCGAAUAUCCAGACACUAAUACGUCACAGAAGUAUGUCGAUUCGGUGCGAAACUGGCUGCAAGCUCGCGAAGAAUGGCUUCUGGUGUUCGAUGGGGUAAGCUUCGGUCAAGACAGUGAUCUUAACGACUUCAAGCAAUUCUUGCCGUUUAAUAAGAAGUGUAGCAUUAUCUACACCUCGGUCGAUAAGACACUGAGGAAAAAGCAGCGCCUGUAUGAGCCGUUCUGCCUCUCAGUCAAGCCUCUAGAGGUUACGGAAGCCUGCAAAUUACUCUUCGAAGACCUUGGCAUCAGGAGACCCACCAAGGGGCAAAUCCACAAAGCCACUGCGCUUGUCGAGCAUUAUGAAUGCCUUCCUCUGGCAAUACAUGCCAUCAGUCAUCGGCUGGCAGCAACAUCGAAGCCAAUUGAGAGGUACCACAUCAACUCUCAUUUAACCGACGAGAAGCUGGCAGAGCCUUUUCUAAGCAUCAUGCACGACCUCUAUCGCACGGAGCACUUUGAGGCCCUGAAUUUGAUCAACCUUGUAUCUUUCUUCAGUCAUCAUGUCCCCGUCGGCCUUAUAACACUCGGAAUUUCCGCACUCGGCAGAUGGAAUGUUGACAUUCUAACAAGCAGUAGACCCGGUGAGAGAGGCGACAUCGACACCACUCUUGGGGUCCUCAUUAGAUACGGACUGAUCGAGAGGGUGUCGGACGCUUAUGCACUGCACGCAAAAGCUCUCUCGCCACAGCUUGAGAAAGAUAAUGUUCUAGACAUGAAGUCUGUGGCCCCUGACUUAUCGGAGUCGCAGACAGAAAGUAGCCAGGAUGCGUUCUUUUCGGUUUAUCAAAAUUCAGGCGCGGGGACAAUCGAUAUGAUCAAGACCCACAGUGUCGUCCAAGGUUUCUGCAGAGAUGAGCUCAAGAUCAUGGACCGGGAAGAGAAGCGGUGCAAUGCACAGGCGGGAAAGUCUGAGGCUGGUUUCUAUGACUCGUGGCUGGUUGUCGCUACCCAUGUUCUUUGCACAUCGUACGAAAGUGCAAAGGCUCGAAUGGACCGUAUUGAUGACUGCGGAAUGGUCAAAGACUACCGGGAAUAUGAAACGCAGGCUUUUAGACUGAUCGAAAACUGGCCCAGAAGAAGCCAGAAUGAACCUGCAGUACUUCGUGAGGCUCGUGAUGAUCUGAAGCGAAUCAUGAAGAGUAUUUCCAGCGAAAUCGAGAGAAUCUCGCCCAGCUCCUCGCAAGAAUCGGUCCGCAAACAGAGAUCAGUCUUUGAUCGGUCAAGCAGCUCUUCGUCGUCAGUACCUGAAUCAGCAGCCGAGGAGGGGCGUUGGGAUUGGAGCGACAUGACGCCUCCCAAAGUAGAAUCGCCACAAGAAUUGCCAAGAUCUCAGCAACGCUUCAACCUCAAGCCAUUCUUGCCCCAUAUUUUCAGGGAAUCCAGCCUGGACAGAGACGGUGGAUACGAGAGUGACAGAGAAAGCACCAAUGCUCCGAUCCGUACCUCACCAGCGCUUUCACAACAGAGUCAGCAAGCAGAGACGCCCAAGUCAUCGCUGACGUCCAGUUCUUCGCCGCCUAUCGACGAUCAUGGCUGGCACAUGGUCGUAAAGAAGCAUUCGAAAACUAGGAUAAGAAAGGAUGAAAGAUCAGUGCAGCGGCCGAGAUUUCCCCGUAACAUCAGAGGCUCCCAGCUGGCAGCUCCAGUCUUGAAAAUAUUUCCUGUCGAGGGGAGAAGCGCUUCCAGCAGCACGUUGGGUAAAAGUCGGAGAAGCUCGUUUGCCUCCGCGUCAGAGGCACUCACAGCUGUGCAGCACUCCAGUCCUCCGCACUCCCAUGAGGAUAUCACAGCCAUCACGAAGCGAGCGACUGGUCGGUCAUCUUUGGAAAAGGAGAAUACCCCAACCUAUGCCACGGUGGCAGCCAGGCUUACUCAGGAUGGAGAGUUGCCCUCAAAGAAGCGAUCAUCGUCAACACCAGGAGGUAAUGGUAGACCGGCGCUUCUGUCACUGCAGAACAAAUCAUCGGGCGAGUCGCUGCAGAGUCGUUCUAGCAAUGCACAUCCAUCGCCCCUUUCAGCAGAGUUCAAGCCUGAUCGUAUGACCCAGUCAACCUAUAGCGAGCCUGAUCAAGGAUACCUGCAACAUCAGCUCAAUGCCCUAGAUCUGGGGAUAGCACAGGAGUCUCAGUACCGGACCCGUCACUUGUCUACUGUGCGAUCAAUAGCACCUCCGGUGGGUGACAUGUCCGCCAGUACACCGUCGAUCUUAACGUAUAUCCCUCCACCCCCUCCACUGCCAUAUGAAGGGAAUAUCGAGGUUACGGUACCACGACGUGUGGGUGUGGCCCAACCAAGCUCCAUGGGACCAUCACCGAGUCAGACGAGGCCAGUCGCUCACCCAUCUGCAUUCAUGCCAGGAAUCUCACCUCCGAGCUCUCUCGCUACCGACCCCCUUCUUGGGUAUUCCUCGGAGCCAGCUCCGGAGCCGAUGUCGCGAAACCAAUCCGCGCAGUCUCACCAGUCCUGGUCAACUGAGCCGAUUCGGUACCCGCCGCGCUUCUCUCCACUUCCAACUACAACGCCCGCGCAGUCUGCCAUAGCUAGUGGCGUUCCGCAAGUUAUGCCACCUCAGCACACGCUAUCCGGAACAGGAAGCUGGGUUGCGGAAAUGCCACAACAGGGGCAGCCACCACCGGUGGUAAGUCCUCGUAAGCCAGAGGUAGCUUACGCCGCACAAGCACAAAUCCGACCGAUCAAUACACUGGAUGGCCAGGUCGCUGCUAUGGACCCUUUAUGGGCGGCCGAGCCCGCGUCGUCACUGCAUUUCGGGGCUCACCGUGUGGAUGUGCGUGACGCCCGGCAGCGGCUGGGUGGACGUGUUCACUAUCCCGCACACCUGCCACCGGCAAUUCCAGGGUAUCCCAUGUACCACCCAAAUUUGUCUGGGCCCUUGAUCCCGCACGAGAUGGCAAUUCCAGUGGCGGAGUCCCAUGGACUGCGAGCGCGGAGCGGCAGCUCACCCCCUCGCCCUGACUUUGACGGAUUUAGCAUGAGUCAAUGA